AUGGACGGAUGCACCGACAGAUGGAUGGGAAGCUGGUGUCAUAUAACUCUUUUCUGGAUAAAGUCGGUACUUGGGUGGGAAGAAGUCUAUGUGGCAAACAGUCUAUGUUGGAAGAAGUCAAGGUUGCAGCCUUGCUUGGCCCGAGAAUGUCAGCUCGUGUCCACAAGGUGGCGCCAGCGGCGCCUGCGCGGGUUCCGCUGCUGGAGACGCAGCGCCCGGCCGCAGGCCCCGCCCCUGGCGCGUUUCCGCCGACGGCUGGCUGUUGGGGCGCUUUUCCUGGAGCGGAGGCCGCGGUCUAGUCACCCCACGCCCUCUCCUCUGUGGUCGCCGCAGCCGGUCCGGGCGCCGGAGCUCGGCCGCCCUGCGCCCCCUUGGAGACAGGAAAACCUUCUGGAUGGCGGCCAGCGCCCCUGUGGCUCCUGCAACCCUCAGCCUGGCCCUCCCUCCUUGGUUCCUGCAAAGUCCAGCAUCGGCCAGCGCCCCCUUGGCUCCUGCAGACUGACCCUGAUGGGGCCGAGCUCCCCGCUGCGCCUGCGGUGUGCAGGGGCCCAUGUCAGGGGCCGAGGCCCCCCUGUGGGCUCAGCACCUGGCCAGUCUCGGAUGUUUAGCAGCUGUGGAGAGAAGAGGAAGAGAGACUCAUCUUCACAGCUGAGGCGCCGCGGCAGCUGUCGAGUCAGGAACCCUGGACCCUGCUGUCCUAAAGGGAUGCCGCCUUGGAUGUGGAGACUGCGGAGGAGGCCGUGCAGGGCUGGGAGGGAGCACUGGCCCCCCCAGGGUGGCGACCUGAGUCUCAGCUUCCCAAAGGCCUCAGCUGGGUGAGUGAACGCUAGGAACUAUGUCAGCCUGCCUGGGCCAGCAAUACCGUGCUGCGGACUUCAGUUAACUUUCUCCUUGUGUUCUUUGGGCUGAUGUUGCCGCACCAGGCAUUACCAGCCUUUUUACCCUGUGGCAGCAGCCUUGUGGGUGGGUUGGGCUGGGGCUCUGGAAACUUGGAGAGCUGUUGGCUGGCUCUGCCCGCCACAGCAGGGCCACGGAGCUCCAUGGACCCAGUCACCGAGGCCUCCAGGCCCCUCUGCCUACUCCUGGAGUUUUCUGUACUGUGUAUCACUGUCCUCCCAGCCACCCAAUAAAUCUUGAACAUUCCC